AUGACAAACUCCUCCACCAGCUCGGUCAGUGUGGGAAGGCGGUCCGAGACGAUGAGCCUGUUAGCAUCCCUCGAACAGGCUAGCUGUGUGGAGCUAGCGUGUUACCAAGCAGUGCAGUAUAUUUUCGGGACGGCACGAUGACGAACAACAAGAAGUGUUAUAGACUUACUCCACUACAGAAUAUUGACAACCUCGGUGGGAGCUAGGGACGUGUUUCCUUCUGAAAAGCGGCACUGUCCCGACCACCCCGUGUCACUCUUCGGAUGGACUAAAGUAGCGCGGCUGCUUGGGAGUUCUGGAGCGGAUGGGAUUUACUCAGCUAGCCGCGGCUAAUGAUUGAGCAGUCCGACUAGCUUUACGGCUAACCGGUUGCCGUUAGCUGACACAGUUGGUCGAAAUUGCUCAUCUGGUAAUUACUGGGCUCAGAAUAGAGAGGAUCUGCUGGCGAAGCCAUGGCUCCCAGACCAUCAUCGGGAGAACUAUGGGGGAUGCACUUGAUGCCCCCCAGCAUUCUAGUGGACUGCCUUCUGCCAAAUGGCAUGAUUCUCACGUUGGAGUGCCUCCGGGAGGCCACACUUACUACAGUCAAGCAUGAGCUUUUCAAAGAGGCCAGGAAGUACCCUCUCUACCAUCUGCUGCAGGAGGAGAGCUCCUACAUCUUUGUUAGUGUCACCCAGGAAGCAGAGCGGGAGGAGUUUUAUGAUGAGACCAGGAGGUUAUGUGAUCUUAGGCUUUUCCAGGCCUUCCUCAAGGUUAUUGAGCCAGUAGGCAACAGAGAAGAGAAGAUUCUCAACAGAGAGAUAGGUUUUGCUAUUGGUAUGCCUAUAUGUGAGUUUGAUUUGGUGAAAGACCCUGAGGUGCAGGACUUCAGAAGGAACAUUUUAAACGUUUGCAAAGAAGCCGUGGACCUCAGAGACAGCAACGGACCCCACAGCAGAGCAUUGUACGUCUACCCUCCCAAUGUUGAAUCCUCAGCAGAGCUUCCCAGGCACAUCUAUAGCAAGCUAGACAAAGGUCAAAUCAUUGUGGUCAUUUGGGUCAUUGUUUCGCCCACCAAUGACAAACAGAAGUACACCCUGAAGAUCAAUCAUGAUUAUGUACCAGAGCAAGUGAUUGCAGAAGCCAUUCGGAAGAAGACGCGCAGCAUGCUGCUCUCCCAGGAGCAGUUAAAGAUGUGUGUGCAGGAGUAUCAGGGAAAGUACAUCCUCAAAGUCUGCGGCUGUGAUGAGUACUUACUGGAGAAAUACCCUCUGAGUCAGUACAAGUAUGUGCGCAGCUGUAUCAUGCUGGGAAGAAUGCCUAACCUGAUGCUAAUGUCAAAAGACAGCCUGUAUUCCCAACUGCCCAUGGAUUUCUUCACCAUGCCGUCAUAUGCAAGGCGAAUAUCUACAGCAACACCCUACAUGAAUGGGGAAACAGCCACCAAGAAUCUGUGGACUAUCAACGGAACGCUAAGGAUUAAGAUACUGUGCGCCACUUAUGUCAAUGUCAACAUCAGAGACAUUGACAAGAUCUACGUCAGGACUGGGAUAUACCAUGGUGGAGAGCAGCUGUGCGACAAUGUCAACACACUACGUGUGCCGUGCUCAAACCCCAGGUGGAACGAGUGGCUGACUUACGACAUGUACAUUCCAGAAGUCCCCAGAGCUGCCCGACUCUGCCUCUCCAUUUGCUCUGUCAAAGGACGGAAGGGAGCUAAAGAGGAACACUGUCCCCUCGCCUGGGGCAACAUUAACCUGUUUGACUACACCCACACACUAGUAGCAGGGAAGAUGGCUCUCAACCUGUGGCCUGUCCCACAUGGCCUGGAAGACCUGCUCAACCCUAUCGGUGUCACGGGCUCCAACCCUAACAAGGAAACCCCAUGUCUGGAGCUGGAGUUUGACCAUUACAGCUCCGCUGUCAAGUUUCCUGAUAUGUCUACCAUUGAGGAUCAUGCAAACUGGAACAUAUCCAGAGAGCUUGGCUUUAAUUACUGCCACACUGGUUUGAGUAACAGACUGGCACGGGACAACCCCCUGACUGACGGCGACAAUGAGCAGCUACGGCAAGUGUGUAACAGAGACCCGCUUUCUGAAAUCACUGAGCAGGAGAAGGACUUCCUGUGGAGACACAGACAUGACUGCAUCAAUAUGCCAGAGAUCCUUCCCAAGAUCCUCCUGGCUGUGAAGUGGAACUCCAGAGAUGAGGUUGCACAGAUGUAUUGCCUUCUAAAGGACUGGCCUGCUAUCAAACCAGAACAAGCCAUGGAGUUGUUGGAUUGCAACUUCCCCGAUCCUAUGGUCAGAGAGUUUGCUGUGAAGUGCCUUGAGAAAUACCUAACUGAUGACAAACUCUCCCAGUAUCUCAUUCAGCUGGUUCAGGUUCUGAAGUACGAGCAGUACCUUGAUAACCCACUCGCACGGUUCCUGCUGAAAAAGGCGUUAACCAAUCAGAGGAUAGGACAUUUCUUCUUCUGGCAUUUAAAGUCAGAGAUGCACAACAAGACAGUGAGCCAGCGGUUUGGUCUGCUUCUGGAGUCCUACUGCCGGGCCUGUGGCAUGUAUCUGAAGCACUUGAGCAGACAGGUGGAGGCCAUGGAGAAGCUCAUCAAUCUCACUGACCUCCUCAAACAGGAGAAAAAAGAUGAGGCUCAGAAGGUUCAAAUGAAGUUUCUGGUGGAGCAGAUGAAAAGACCUGACUACAUGGAUGCACUGCAAAGCUUCACCUCUCCGCUGAAUCCGGCACAUCAGCUGGGAAACCUCCGCCUGGAGGAAUGCAGGAUGAUGUCGUCAGCAAAGAGACCUCUGUGGCUUAACUGGGAAAACCCAGAUAUGAUGUCGGAGCUGCUCUUUCAGAACAAUGAAAUCAUCUUCAAAAAUGGAGAUGAUCUGAGGCAGGACAUGCUGACGCUACAGAUCAUUAGGAUAAUGGAGAACAUCUGGCAGAACCAAGGCCUUGAUCUCAGGAUGCUGCCCUAUGGCUGUUUGUCUAUCGGCGACUGCGUGGGUUUGAUCGAGGUGGUGAGGAACUCUCACACUAUCAUGCAGAUCCAGUGUAAAGGAGGCCUAAAGGGGGCGCUGCAGUUCAACAGCCACACUCUACAUCAGUGGCUCAAGGAUAAGAACAAGGGAGAGAUGUACGACCAGGCCAUCGAUCUGUUCACACGGUCGUGCGCAGGCUACUGUGUAGCUACAUUUAUCCUGGGCAUAGGAGAUAGGCACAACAGCAACAUCAUGGUUAAAGAUGAUGGGCAGCUGUUCCACAUAGACUUUGGUCACUUCCUUGACCACAAAAAGAAGAAGUUUGGGUACAAGAGGGAGCGCGUCCCCUUUGUGCUCACACAGGACUUUUUGAUUGUUAUUAGCAAAGGAACGCAAGAGUGCACCAAAACGAGGGAGUUUGAAAGAUUCCAGGAGAUGUGCUACAAAGCGUACCUGGCAAUCCGGCAGCACGCCAACCUCUUCAUCAACCUCUUCUCCAUGAUGCUGGGCUCGGGAAUGCCUGAGCUGCAGUCGUUCGACGACAUCGCUUACAUCAGGAAGACCCUGGCCCUGGACAAGUCGGAGCAGGAGGCCCUGGACUACUUCAUGAAGCAGAUGAACGACGCUCACCACGGCGGCUGGACUACCAAGAUGGACUGGAUCUUCCACACGAUUCGCCAGCAUGCCAUGAACUGAGGAAAGAAUGGUGGCAGCAGCAGGACACGAAGAACCACAAGAACAAAAAAAAAUAAGCAAGUUGUUUCCCCUAACACACUAAGGCCUGGUGAAUAUUUCUGCCAGUGCUUGACUCUGAAACUUUGCCUGCCAGCGAGACUCAAAACGAGCACGCUCAGAAGAAAUGCCUAAAUGCUCCUUUUCCUUACAGACGUCUGAAAUUUCUCUCCCUGCAUUAUGAACUUAAGAAGGUGGAGUUAAAUUUCACCUGUUGUCUUCAUAGGAGCUAAGCUAGCGUGGACCUGGACAGUAUUGGCCUUUAUGUGAACCAAGUAUAGACAGGUUACAUUUUAUCUUUUUAUUUUCAAAGCUUCUACAACCAUCAACAUUAAGAGAGGAACUUCAUGAAGUGAUACACGAUGAGCACAGCUAGCUUUUUAUAAAGAGAGAUUGAAACCGAAUUAUUUCAACUACCUAUUUUUGAACUGAUGAAGGCGGGGCCAGGUGAAAAUGGGGCUGUUGUUGCAGCCGGGCAGCUCACCUGCCAGGUACUCUCAGAAUUUUCCAAUAAGAUUAUAUAAACACUGAACAAACCUCAAAGUUUUUUGGGAAAACCUCAACUAAGCAUUUAACACUAUUUGAAGAAAUUGCAAUGAUGACCUAUUUGUAACCUACCCGUGUACAAAUCAUGUCCCGUCAUAUAAGUGACUUUUUGUACAGCAGUAUAUCCAUAUACUUGUAUGCAUUUGGUGCACAUAUUCCUUUUUGAAUCUAUUCUCUACUGAGCCAAAGUACUACAUGCAUAACUCCACUAGUCAGCAGUCUUAUUGUUAAAAACAAACAAACCCCCCUAAAUAAUCACUACUAUUCCAA